AUGUUCGAGCCCGACCUCGGGCCGAUGCCCGACGACGACGACGACGAACUCAACGACGAACUCAACGACAUCGGGCUUCUGACGCGCGAAGCACCGGCGGCCAAGACCACGAAGGCCAAGUCCGCCCCGCGCGAAAAGCCAGCGCCAAAGUCGAGCGCGUGGGAGCUCACCGGCAACGCCGAGCUCGACGCGCUUUUCCAGUCGUCCACGCUCACGGCGAGGUCCCUCAACGUCGCCGCGUCCAGGCCGUCCACGACGGGGCCGUCGCAGGGCAAGCCGCUUCGGAGUACUCCGGUGGAGGUGCCCAUCUCGCGAGCCGAAAAGAUCCUCGCCAAGCUCGCCGAGCAGAAGGAGGAGGACGACAAGGAGAGCAAGAAGCUCGACCGCCAGCGCAAGCGCGUCGAGGACGACGCGAGGGCGGAGGCCGCGGCGGCGAGCGCGCGCGCCGCCGCCGAGGCCCACGACGCACGCGUCGAGGCCCAGCUCGCGGGUGCCAUCCAACUCGGACGAGACGUCAAGGAGAAAGCCGCGAGGGUCGAAGCCGCGCUCGCCGACGCCGGAGACGGAUCGGACGAGACGCCGUCGCCUCGUGACGUCGCGCGCGCGCUCCGUGACGACGCCUUCGAGCCCGACACCCACAGCCGCCCCGGGUCCGAUCCGCGCGACAGCUGUGUCGCGAACAUGCCGAGGAGCGUGAGGGACGCGCCCUCGGACGCUUCGGCGUUUGCAAGCGCCGCAGAGGCGGAUGCCAAACGACGAGGCGCCGACGCGGGCGACGCCGUCGCGCACGCGCUGAGGGAAGCGAUCGUCGGCGGGUGGCUCGAGCAGAGGUUCCUCAUCGCGCGGCGCGACGGGGAAGCGGCGGGGGCGGCGGGGGGGGCGGGGGAAGGGGAGGCGAAGCGAAAGGACUCUUCGCCGGUGAUGUCCGUCGUCGGCGGCGUCAUGCGCUCCGCCGCCGCCGCCAUCCUCGGGACCGGCUCGCGCGCGAGAGAGAGCGUCUCCCCCGCCGCGCUCGUUCGCGCGCCGCCCCUGUGCGCCGAGGACACCGCGCGAUGGCUGUUCCAAACGGCGACGGCGCCGUCGUCGGCGAGAGACGCUUCGUGGGUGACGAUUUGCGCGAGAAACGCCUUGUACGCGUCGCUCGGUUUCGAACCAAACCCCGCACUCGCGCCGGCUCCGCGUUGGCUCUGCGGCACCCCAACGCUCCGUGCGCCCCCCGCGGUGCCCUGGCGGAUCAAGGCUUCGGACAUCAUCGGCGCGUUGGGCGCGUGCGGCGUCGUCGUGGAUGUCGACGCCCUGGGCGAGAGUCUCGGAAAGGAGAGCCGGGGCGGGGCGGGGGCGGGCGUCGGCGAGCCUUCCUCGCGAACGGCGUCGAAGCGGAAGCGCCCGGCGGCGGCGACGACGGGCGGUGAGGGCGACGGGCUAUGCGCGUUGUCCGGCCGGGGCGAGGGCGAUCGCGAGGCGACGGUUCAGCUGUACCAGGACAAAGAGCGGCGUCGGCUCCGACCGCAGAUUUUCGCCGCGAUUCAAAUCGCCGGGGCGGCGGCGGCGGCGGCUCGAUGGACCCCGCGUCGCCGCUUCGCCUCCGCGACGGUGACCCCGGUCAAGGGCUCCGCACCCCCCGCUUCCGCCGCUAACGCCGUUCGCGAGGAAGGCCCGCACUGCUGGGUCAGGGACGAUCCCGAGGGCGCCGCCGACUUGCUGGCGGUGCUGGCGGGUUUGCGAAUCGACCCGAGAGCCGGGGCGCUCCGCGCGGCGGUGGACCACUGCGCCGAGAACCUCCUCGCCGCCGCCGCGCUCGGCUGCGACGGCGACGAGUGGCGCGCGUUCCGGUCGGCCGCCGCGUCGAAGCUCGCGAAAGUCGGCCCCACCCACGCGGCUCGCCUCGCCGCCAUCCGCUGGAUUCCAUGGUCGAAUCGCAAGGAGCAGGAGGUUCAGGACCUCGCCGCGCUCGUCGCCAUCGAACACAUCGUUCCCCUCAUCCUUCAGCGGCUCGAGGCGGACGAUUUAGGCCCCGCGCCGAGUGGCACGAAUGCGCUGGCUAAGAAGAAGAAGCCCAGGCCAAAUCCCAAGGCGAAGAAGCCCGCCGAGAAGAGCGACGACGUCGACGCGUGGCAGAGGAGGGCGGUUCAGGCGCUGGAUCCCAUUCGCGUGGACGUCGAGUCCGACGUGGACGCCGCGUGGGCGAUUCACACGGCGAUGCACCUCGCGGACAUCGUCCUGCACGCGGGCACCCUGGGCGGCGGCGCCGGUCUGCGGGGCGGGAGCCUGGGCGCGAACGGCGCGCCGAGAACCCCGGGGAAGGAAGCCGCGGAGAGCGCUUCGCUGGACGCGGCGGCGGAGUCGUUCAUGCAGUUUCUGAAGCGGACCAAGGCUAACAUCCCGCGCAGCGGCAAGACGGCGAUGAACGCGCUCAAGAACCUGGCGGUCGUCAUCUUCACGAGGCAGCAACGGGCGGAGCAGCUGCGCAGGACCAAGACGGAACACGAGAGGGCAAACUCCUCCGACGACGACGACGACGGGGAGGACGAGGACGAGUAG